AUGAAAUAAUAAUCAGUUUCUACACCUACAGCUUAAUUUGGAUUUAGACAUUCUCUAUAGAUCUAAUCUUCUCCAAAUAUCAAACUAUACUAAUAGUCUCCUUAUUAAUCACCUUAUUAAUCACCAUUAUUAUAAUAACCAUCUUUAUCAUAAUAAAGAUAACCAAUACAAUAAAGUAAUUUUGGUAAUGUUAAUAAAACACUAUUUAAUGAUGGUCAAAAUUAAAAGAACAAAUAAUUACAAUUAGUAGAUUUGAAUCAUAUUGAAGAACCAUGGAAAUAAAAAGUUUUAGAAUUAGAAAGAAAAGUUUAAUAAUUAGAAUAAUAAUAAUAAAAUGAAGAAUGUGAUUAUAAUGAGAGUGAAUUAUCUCAAGUUUAUAGUCAAAUUUAAUAGUUAGUGAAUACUAUAAAAAUAUUACAAGAAGAAAUUUAAAAUUUGUAAGAAAAAUUAAACAUUAAAUAAAAUAUUAUUGACGGUUAUAAUUCAUAAUUAAUAUCAAAAGAUAAAGAAUUAGAAGAUUAAAAUACUUACAUUUAAGAAAUACAUAAUUAAUUAGAAGAUUAAACUUUAUUAAUAGAAAAUAAACAAAAGUUUUUAUUUGAUGAAAUAAAUUCAUGGAAAAGAAAGUUUAUUGAAUAAAAUAAGUAUAUAUUAUAUUAAUUAUUUUAGAGGAUUACAUAAAAUUUAAGAAGAAUCAAUUAUGCUCUAAACAUAAAUUGAUAAUCUUAAAAAUAUUAAAUUGAUCUUAAAUAAAUAGAGUGAAUAAACAUGA